AUGGUGUUCCACCUGGCGGCCCCUUACAUACAGGACCAGCUCAGCCUGCGCUCGUGGAAGCCGACCGGGACGCUGACCGUGCGCGUGAAGUACCGCGGGCCCUUCCGCCUGCCCGCCGUCCGCGUCAUUGGCGUCCUCUCCGGCCCCGCGCAGCCCGAGCGCCUCGCGGGCGCCAAGGCGCGCGCCCCCGGCGGCGGCGGCGCUCCUGGCCCCGAGCGCGCCGCGGCCGCGGCCGAGGCCGCGGCCGUGGCGGCGCAGAGCGUGUUCUGGGGGCAAUCCAAGGAGAUUGCCAGCUCGGCUGUCUCUAUGUGGAACACCAUGGUCGAGACGCACACCGCACGCUGGUCCCAGUCGCUGCAGACCCUGCAGCGCGUCAGCAGCCGUCUGUUCCGCUCUGUGAGCCACGACAGCGUCGCCGACGCGGGCUUCGGCGGCGGCCCCGCAUCCACGUCCCCCACGUGCGCUGCGCCAAGCAGCGAGGAGCCCUCCGGCGGCGGCGCGGCGGCCGCUGCCCCCGCUGGGUACCAGCAGCGCGGAGACGCCGCGACGGCGGCGGCAGCUGCGGAUGGCGCCGCGGCCUCCGCGGAGCACGUCGCGGCGCUCGCAGAGCAGGAGGCGCUGCUGCAGCGCCAGCUGGAGCAGCUCGGGCAGCUGCAGUCCAGCCUGGCGCAGUUUGUGACGACCGCGUCGCGCAAGGAGGUCCACCUCGCGCGCAUGCUCGCCGACCUGUCGAACAUCGCGUAUGACGUCACCCAGAUCGUGGAUGACGCCGCCCUGCUGGAGUCGCGCCACGGCCUCCGGCUGGUCGCGUGCUCGCACCCCGAGCACUUUGGUGCGGCCGCGCUCGCCGGGGGCUACGCGUGCCCGCUGCCUGCCAACGGCGGCGCCGCGGCCCCGCUGCGGCACGCGGCCGGCGGCGGCGGCGGGGUGGUGCCGGCGGCGGCGGUCGGGGCGGGGGACACGGAGGGGGACGCGGAGGCGCUGUUCGAAAUGCAGCUGCACCCGCAGUGGGACCAGUGGCUGCACUGGGAGGCUGAGGACGAGGCGUCGGCCCCCCUCCGCGAGCCGCUCGGCGCCGCCGCCGCCGCCGCGCCUGCGGCCACCUGCUGGGAUGAGGGCUCGGCCGGCCUCCACGGCGGGUUCGAGUACAGCGGCGGCGGCGGCGCGCAGGCGCCCAUGUCCCCGCGCGCGCCGGUGGUCGUGUCGGCGAUGGCGGUGAUGGAGGAGGGGGAGGCCGCAGCGCCCGUGCCAGCUUCGUGCUGCGCGGCGCUGAGCCCCGCCAGCGGCACGGCCGCGCCGUCGCGCGCGAGCCGCGCGAGCUCGGACGGCCGCGGCGACAGCGGCGGCGCGCCCGCGGCCGCGCAGCUGUGCAGCAGCACCGCGUUCGACUGCGCUCUGCCCGUGGCGCCGGCCCUCGACCACCAAGCGGCCACGCAGCUCUUCGCCGCCCACCACGCGCCGCCGCAGCAGCAGCAGCAGCAGGAGCAGCAGCAGGAGCAGGAGCAGCAGGGCGCCGCCCAUUCAGCCGCGCCCGCGCUCGACGCAGGCGUGCCCGAGGCGCCCGGCCAGCGGCAGCCGCAGCCGCAGCCUCAGCCGCAGUACCCCGCAGACUGGUUUGUGUGCGAUGCGCCGGCGGGCGGCGCGGCGGGGAGCGGCCCGACGCGGUACAUUGUGAUCCAGGGGUCGAUCACCGUUGACCACUGGCGCAUCAACCUGACGUUCGACCCGGUGCCGUUUGUGGACGGGUCAACGGGGGUCAAAGUCCACAGGUGGGGGCAAGAUGGUUUGUGGGGCGCUUGA